CGUGAACAUUAUUUAUAGUGGACUUCCCCCGAUGGGAGCAGUCGAAUUUUAGAUAAUGAAUGGUUUAUAAUAUUGUACACAAUGAGUGAGGGAUCGUCAGAGGGCGGGGCGGCAAAGUCUCGGAAGAAACACGGCAUGCUGAAGAUGUACUACGGUCUCGACGACCAACAGGAGAAGCCGUCCAACAUGAACCCUACGGACAUCAACGGCGCUUACUUUAAUCCAGAGGUAUAUCUUACAAUGAUCAUGAAGGAAAAGAGACUCAACGAUCUCAUCGAUAAAGAAGCCGAGAUGGUCAAACAAAUCCGCUCAUUAGACAGCGACAUGCAGACCUUAGUCUAUGAGAACUACAAUAAAUUCAUCAGCGCUACAGACACUAUACGAAAGAUGAAAACUGAUUUUAAGAAAAUGGAAGAAGAGAUGGAUCGCUUAGCAACCAACAUGGAUACCAUUGCCGACUUCAGUGAGAAGAUCAGCUCGACGUUGCAGGAAAGAAGAGCUCAGAUCACCAAGUUGAGCGGUGUUCAUUCACUCCUCAAAAAGUUGCAGUUCUUAUUUGAGCUUCCUGCCAGACUCAAUAAAUGCAUCUCAAUGAAAGCUUACAGUCAAGCUGUCAGGUGA